CAUGUCUAUUCAUUAUCUGCAAAAGGCAAGUUAAAAGUAUAAUAUUUUAGCUCAUUGUUUAAAUUUAAUUGGUGAAUAGUAAUAAGCUUUAUAAUGUUUGGAUGAAGCAUUGAAAUUAGAUCCAAAUCAUUAACCAUCUUUAAGUUUAAAAGGUAACAUUAUUCAAGGAUAAUCUAACAAUUGUUUGAAAACUUAAACUAUUUCAAUUGAAAGCAUAAAACAAUUUUGAAUUUAUA